AUGACUGGCUUUCGUUUUAUUCCACGCGAUAUAUCAAAUUUGAUCAAUGAAAAGACACUCACCAUACUGAAUCUUCGAUAUGAUAAAAUCAGUCCAGAAAAAGUACAACAUCUUGCUAAUGCUUUACAACAAUGCCAAACAAUCACUACAUUGUACUUCCAUAACAACCAAAUUGGUCCACAAGGAGCACAAUAUCUUGCUGAUGCUCUACGACAAAAUCAGACGAUUACUAUAGUAAACCUUCAUGCCAAUCGAAUCGGUUCACAAGGAGUACAAUAUCUUGGCAAUGCUCUGCAGCAAAAUAAAACACUUACUACACUUGAUCUCUGGGACAAUCAAAUUGGUGAUCAAGGAGUACAAUAUCUUGUCAAUGGUUUACACGAAAACAAAACACUCACUACACUUGAUAUUGGUAACAAUGCAAUCUCUGAUCAAGGAGCACGAUACCUUUUCAAUGUUCUACUAAAAAAUAGAACACUGAUCAAAUUAUAUGUCAGUCAUAAUAAGAUCACUGAUAAAGGAGCACAAUAUCUUUUUAUUGCUUUAGAACACAAUAAAACACUCGUCACAUUAAACCUUCGAUUCAAUCAAAUCAGUGCUAUUGAAAAGAAGGAGUUUUCCGCAAUACAUAGUGCGAAUUCAGGAAUGGAACUGAUUUUGUAA